AUGUCGCAAGAGGACAUCGCACCCCUCGUCCGCGAGCACUCAGAUGUUCCAGCACAUUUCCUCCAUGGAGGGCGACAUGGCUCCCCGCGGCUCCCUCACGCCAUCGCUCAUCGUGGGUUCAAAGGGCAAUACCCUGAAAACACACUCUGUGCUGUCGAUGGGGCAGUGCGUGCAGGCAGCCAUGCCAUCGAAGUUGACCUUCAUCUCUCCCGGGAUGGAGUUGUCGUCUUAUCCCAUGAUGGGAGUCUCGAGCGGUGUUUCGGUGUCAAGAAGGAGGUCAAGGACUGUGACUGGGCUGAGUUGAAGACCCUUCGCACUAUCGAGGCUCCGCAUGACCCGAUGCCACGCCUGGUCGAUCUUCUUGAAUACUUGCGACAGCCAGGCCGGGAACAUGUGUGGGUUGUUCUUGACAUCAAGCUCGGCAAUGAUCUCGAAGCCAUUAUGUCUCGAAUUGCCAAAACCAUCGCGUCAGUGCCUAUUCCUGCUGCAGGCCCGGACUGGCACCGACGGAUUGUACUUGGCUGCUGGUCUGCACAGUAUCUGGCUCCACGUGGGCGCUAUCUCCCGCGCUAUGAGGUCGUCUUGAUCUGUUUUGACGUGAGCUAUGCGCGCCAGUUUUUCCAGGUGCCACGAGUUUCCUUCAGCAUCCACCAAAAGAUUCUGAUGGGCCCGCUGGGACGGGGAUUCUUGGAGGAGGCCCGCGCCGCGCGACGAUGUGUUUAUGUAUGGACGGUCAACACGCCGAACUUAAUGCGUUGGAGUAUCCGGCACGGGGUGGAUGGGGUCAUCACGGACGAACCACGUCAAUACCUGCAGGUUAGCGAGCAGUGGGAGAAAGAGCAAGCGGAGAACUCAGGGACCGGUCCCCAUACUGAUUUAGACCGACUGACACUCACCCAACGGCUCGAGAUCCUCGGUGCGGCUUUAUAUGUCCUGUUGUUCGGGUGGUUCUUGAAGCGCAGGUACCUGGCCACCGUGGAGCGAGUGCAGUUUGAGGAGCACAAAAACGAAUGA